AUGUGGUUACGGGGCGCACAUACGGAAAAAACAUGUACAUUUCCAAUGCCUUCGAGUGAGGGAGUUCAACUACGUGCAAGAACAUGUAAAAAGCCAGAUCCAGAGAAUAAUGGAACCAAUUGUUUAGGAGAGAUUGGUGAUUCUGAUAACAUUAAAGUUGAAAGUGGAGAUGACGACACUGUAAAGCGACUGAAAUAUGUGAUUUAUGUAUUGAUAGUGUUGAUAAGUGUUCUUUACAUCACUCUUAUCACGUUGGUCAUUGUACUGUUCGUUCCGAAGACACCAGUCGACAGUCGUUGGGCACAAUGGUCAAGCUGGACUUCGUGUGACGUAACGUGUGGUAACGGAACACAUCUGCGAACAAGAGCGUGUACGACUCCAAUGCCAGUGAUAAAGGGAAGUGACUGUAUUGGAGAAAAUUUGCAGAGCAGUGAAUGCUCAAAAGACAACUGCCCAGUCGAUGGUCAAUGGACACCCUGGUCAACCUGGACGUCUUGUGAUGUCACUUGUGGACAAGGAACUCAUCUACGUUCGAGGACAUGCACAAAUCCAGUUCCAGCGUAUAAUGGACUCGAUUGUACAGGAGAUAAUUUACAAAGUGCUGAAUGCUCAAAAAAGAGCUGUCAAGUCAAUGGACGUUGGGCUCAAUGGUCAAGUUGGACAUCGUGUGACGUAACAUGCGGGAAUGGAAAAUAUCUUCGUGUAAGAACAUGUACAAAUCCAGUGCCUGUGAAUAAGGGGAGUGAUUGUAUUGGAGAAAGUUUGCAAAGCAGUGAAUGCUCAAAAGACAACUGUCCAGUCAAUGGUCAAUGGGCACACUGGUCAAACUGGACUUCAUGUGACGUCACAUGUGGAAAAGGAACUCGUCAACGUUCAAGAACAUGUACAAAUCCAUAUCCAGCUAAUAGUGGACGCGAUUGUACAGGAGCGAUAAUAGAAACUGAUGAAUGUUCCAAAGAUUCCUGUCCAGUCGAUGGUCAAUGGGCAUAUUGGUCAGGAUGGACAUCAUGUGAUGUUACAUGUGGAAUCGGAAGGCAACUUCAGACAAGGAGAUGCACGAAUCCAAUGCCCGAAAAUAAAGGGAAGGACUGUUUUGGAGAGAGUUUACAGAGUCGUCAAUGCUCUAAAGGAAACUGCCAAACAUUCAAGUCUGCAUUUUCUGCGACCAGACCAAGUUCAUACAGCUCGAUAAACGGAAUCAAUAAACUAACCUUUUCAGGUACCAUUUACCAGUAUGGUAAUGAUUUUAGUAUCUCAACUGGAACUUUCACAUGUAGAUUACCUGGUGUGUACCACUUGUCUGUCACAUUAGUAAAGAAAAGGGCAUCAUCAAGAGUGGAUCAAGUUUAUUGUUCACUAUUCAAAAAUAGACAGUCUCUGAUAAAGAUAAAGGUUGAUCCAACUGACGACGCUACGGACAAUGGACAUUCUUCUAUAUCCCAGUCUGUUGUAAUUUACCUAACCGUUGGCGACACGGUGUAUCUCGGUAGCUGCAUAGGCCAGCCUAGCAAAUACAUGGAAGACUGGUCUACCUUUACAGGAUUUCUACUAUAUCCUAACAAGCGUGUACACAAUGGACAAACCGGUUUUGCCAGUUUACCUACCAGUUUACCUGUGUUAACUAACAGAGAUAGUGAUGACGUAAACAAUCAAAACAAACGAAAGAAACAACGUAGUGACAUAUUUGUAUACGAUACACCAACAGUAAGUAAAAUAAAUAGUGAAAUGAGUACUAAUGGAACUUUUCAACAAUCAUUUACUGGCCAAUUAUUGCAGUCACCUCCGUAUCAGUAUAAUCAACAAUAUCUUGGUCCACUACCGCCAGGUACACCAAUGAUGAAUCAAGGUACAAACCAAACUCCACCAUGGGCUAUAGCUAUGAUGGAAACUAUGAACUCCCGUCUUGAUAAGAUCGACUCCCGACUUGAUAAAAUUGACAAUAUUGAAAAAGUAGUAAACUCAAUGUGCUUGAAACUCAAUGAUCUAGAUAUUAAGGUAAAAAGUAUAGAGUCGCGAGUUUGCGAUGUAGAAAACAACAGUACAUUUAUCAGUGAAAAGUAUGAUAAGCAAACAACAGAAUUAGCGUCAACUAAAGAUAGUGUAAAGACCAUGCAAAAAUCAUGUGACACGUUAAAUUCUACAAUCAAAACAUUAAGUAAAACCCAGGAAGAACUUAGAACACGCAUCUUGGACAACGAAUUUAGAAAUAUGAAGGACAAUCUAAUAUUUUAUGGCUUACCGGAAGUACAUACCACAUCACCGGAAGCAUCCAUGUUAUUAACAAGUUCCUCUACAAGUAACACUGACCAAAAUAUUAAUGUUUCGCCACAAACAUAUGAUACAGCAACAGACCCUAAUUCAUGUGCCUCUAUUGUAAAAGAAUUUAUUAAAAAUACAUUAAAAAUCAGUACUGAGAUAGAGUUUGAUAGAGCCCAUCGCCUUGGUACACUAACCAAACCCGAAAAUCCAAGACCGAUUGUUGUGAAAUUUCACAAGUAUAGUCACAGAGAAAUAGUAAGGAAUACAGCUUUCCAUAUGAAGGAUGUCCUUAAGCAACAUAGAUAUGGUGUUGGAGUACAAAUACCCAAAGAGUGGCGAGAUGCGAGGAAAGAACUUAGUACAGUCUACCAGAGUGAAAAAAAGAAAGGAAAAUAUGUCCGAUUCGUUGGGGAGAAAUUAUACAAUAGACAGGAUCUGAUAAGCAUACCAGAUGAUCCAACCGACGAUGAUGCUGACAAAGGAAAUGCUGCUAUCUCUCAGUCUAUCCAGAUAAAUCUUGAUGUUAGGGACACUGUGUACCUUUCUGGGUGCAGCAAUCCAAGAUUGCAAAUCAGCGAAGGUGAUAUUCAAAUCUUAUGUUUCAGGAAAAUGGAUCAGGAUGCUAUUGAAUCUGAUAUUACUGAACCCAGUUUAUGGAAGGAUACUGUUGUAUAUGAAAACACCACAAUCGUCUCCAAAAGACAAACCGGAUUCAGGACACAAACUGUUGAAGAUUCGCCUUAUGAAACACUUAAAUUAGAAGAUUUAGGUAAACCUAAAGUUGAUACCGGAAUUCAGGAAAAUAACUUGAAGCGACUCAAAUAUGUGAUAUAUACCAUGACAGUGCUGAUAAUUGUUCUUUACAUUACACUUAUAUCUUUAGUUAUAAUCCUGUUUGUUCCGAAACAUUCAGUUGAUGGUCAUUGGACAGAUUGGUCAAGUUGGACAUCGUGUGACGUAACAUGUGGUAACGGAACGCACAUACGGACAAGAACUUGUACAAAUCCACUGCCUGCGAAUAAGGGAAAUGACUGUAUUGGAGAAGGUGUUGAGAGCAGUGAGUGCUUAAAAGACAACUGUCCAGUCGAAGGUCAAUGGACACAGUGGUCAGGCUGGGCUGAAUGUGACGUCACGUGUGGCAAAGGAACUCAUCAACGUACGAGAACUUGCACAAAUCAAGUUGUUCAAACAAAUACUGAGAUCGAAUGUAUUGGAGAAACAUUACAAACCGCUGAAUGCUCAAAAGGCAGUUGUCCAGUCGAUGGUCGAUGGGCACAUUGGUCAAACUGGUCUUCAUGUGACGUAACAUGUGGCAAGGGACAGCAACUACGAAUAAGAACAUGUACAAAUCCAACGCCCGAUAAUAAAGGAAGGGAUUGUUUAGGGGAAAGUUUACAGACUAGUCAAUGCUCUAUAAGAACCUGUUCAAGUAUAUUUUUCACAUAUUUCGACGGUCGAUGGGCACAUUGGUCAGGCUGGACUACAUGUGACGUUACGUGUGGCAAUGGACGGCAACUACGGACAAGAAGAUGUACGAAUCCAAUACCCGAGAAUAAAGGGAAGGAUUGUAUUGGGGAAAGUUUACAGAGUAGUCAAUGCUCAAGAGGAAACUGUUCAACAUACAUGUCUGCAUUCUCAGUGAAAUCUCCAAAAACCUACAGCUACAUCAAUGGAAUUAACAAACUGACCUUUUCUAAUACCAUUUACCAGUAUGGUAAUGAUUAUAGUAUCUCGAAAGGAACUUACACCUGUAGCAAAUCCGGUGUUUACCAUUUUUCUGUUACAUUGGUAAAGAAACGGUCAUCAUCAAGGGUUGAUGCUGUAUAUUGUUAUCUUUUCAAGAAUAGACAGAAUCUGAUAAGAAUAAGAGUUGAUCCAACUAACGAUGAUACAGACAAAGGAAGUGCUGCUAUAUCCCAGUCUAUAGUGACUUAUCUUAAUGUCGGGGACACUGUGUUCCUUUAUGGAUGCAGUAAUCCAAGCACAACCAUGGAGGAUUGGUCUUCGUUUACUGGAUUUCUCCUAUAUGACAACAAUUGAAUUUUGUAUUUUUCCGGCGAAAAUUGCUCUUAACUAAAUCUGUAGUUUCGAAUAAUCUAAUUUCCAAUACAGUGUUUUGGAUAAUAAUAAUAAUGUUUGCCUAUGGAUGUGAAAAAAAAUAAAUAUUUAUUGAUGACAGUAAAAGCACUUUUGCUAAAAAAGAAUUCAUCCUGUUAUGGAAUUAAAGCCACUGAUCAGAUUUUGUAUAUCAAGUUGUUUUAACUGAGACAUUGAUGUUUCUUAACGCAUUUAUUUAGAUUUACAGUGCUUGUAAAUAACACUUUUGUCUGAAAGUUUGCUUUUGUUGAAUGCAACAGAAUCAGGGAGAGGGAAUUGUUGUGUUGAUUUUAU